CCCGCCUCUAAGGUAAAAUCCCAUGACGUAAACCCUAACCAUUACGGAAGUGAACCAGGCGACGAAACUAACAAAUCCAAACAAGUGGCGUGUGUUUUCUUGACCAACGGGUACUGAUUUCCAGAUUGUCGUCAUGUUGGGAGGAGGAUUCAAAGGAGAGAGGCUCAGAGUUAACCUCCGCCUGGUCAUAAACAGACUUAAACUCCUAGAAAAGAAGAAAUCUGAGCUUGCCCAAAAGGCAAGGAAGGAGAUUGCAGAUUACCUGUCCUCUGGUAAAGAUGAGCGGGCCCGGAUUCGUGUUGAGCACAUCAUCAGAGAGGACUACCUGGUUGAAGCAAUGGAGAUCCUGGAGCUUUACUGUGACUUGUUGCUCACUCGUUUUGGACUUAUCCAGUCCAUGAAGGAACUAGAUCCGGGCUUGCAAGAGGCAGUGUCUACGCUCAUCUGGGCAGCACCACGCCUGCAGUCAGAGGUGAACGAACUGAAGAUUGUUUCUGAACAGCUCUGUGCGAAAUACAGCAAGGAGUAUGGCAAGCUGUGCAGGACAAACCAGAUCGGCACAGUCAAUGACAGGCUGAUGCACAAACUGAGUGUGGAGGCCCCUCCCAAGAUCUUAGUGGAGCGUUAUCUGAUAGAGAUUGCCAAGAACUAUAAUGUGCCAUAUGAGCCUGACGCCAUGGUCCGGCCUGAAGUGUGUCCCGGAGAAGAGGCAGACCUCAUUGAUGUGAAUGCAGACAGGAAGAAUGGAGGUGGAGGAGGAGGUGGAGGAGGAGGUUUCUCUGCUCCUCCUGCCACAGCUAUGCAUAUGCCCAUGCCUAUGCCAAUGCCCAUGCCCAUGCCAUCAGCGUUUAACUACCCACCUCCAAAAGGAGCCGAACCUUAUAACCCUUCAGUUGGAACCUACAACAGCUUCCCGCCCCCAGGGGUAGGAGGGCAGCCCCCUCAGCUGCCUACUUCUCCCCCCACCUACGAGUCUAUCGAUGACCUCAAUGAAAAACCCUCUGUUCCCUCUCAGACUGUAGGUCCUUCUCCUGCACCUCGUCGCUCGUAUGACCACAACAAUCUACCAGAACUUCCCUCCGUUCCAGACACACUCCCCACCUCCUCCAUUGGUGGACACACCACUAACUCUGAUGACAUCGACUUUGACGAUUUGACACGACGUUUCGAGGAGCUGAAAAAGAAGACCUAAUGUAACACAAUUGAUCUGUUUUCUUUUUGUUUUGUUUUUUUCGCUCACAGGCCUGUGUCAUCACUUACACAAGCCAGAACAUUAAAUUGGGCAAAUGGUUAAGGUUUUGAAUCAGAUUUGGGUAGUUCUCCUCCAUCCCCUCAUCCUUAUAAAGCAAUUUUACAAAGAUUUUAAAAGAAAAUAUACAUAUAUUCUUACCUCCUUUACGCAAGUACGACCUACUAACUGAAGGUGUGGAUGCUCACCCACCAACACCGUCUGCUAGGAAAUGUCUUCUCUCUUUCUGGAUGCGAAUGCUACAUGAUUUUUUUUCCCCAUUUUAAAUGGCAACAAAUAUUUAAACCUAUAUAUAUUCUGAAUUACAUUCAUCUGAAAACUGAGCCCCUUCCACUUGUUUCCAUUCAAAUACACACUGUCUUAACUAGCCUGAACAAUUAAAUUACUUAAAACUAGAUUUCAUUUGUUUUUCAUGUGGUUUCAUGUUUGACUAACAUUUACGGUCCCUGCCUUGGUUGACUCUUCAGCAUGAGCAGUCAAACAAGCCCGACAGGUUUCCCCACUGUGACAAGAUGCAUUUAAUAACAUAUCCUCUCACUAUAGGUUCUUGCACUCAGCAGUUAAAGCAACUAAACACAGACAAAAGCCUUUUAUCUACAGUGUGUGGUGCAGUCUGUAGUUUUCCUGCUUUUGAACUAAGGUUGUCUGAUCUGCAACCCACACUGAGCUACUUUAAUACCUGGAAAAAAGUGUGUUGCCUUGAGAAAAAAGUUGGAAAAUGUUGAAACCCAUGAGUCAGUGAAUCAGAUUUUGUCAUUAAAAAAUACAAUACCUUCCAAAAAAAAACAUUUUCAUUGAUGUAGAUAAUAACUUUCUCAACUAAUUUAUCGG